CUACUGAACUGCGCCGGCGAGUAUUCUACUCAGUGUGAGCCAGUUUGGAGUUCCGAGACGUGUAGACCAUAACCUCAAUCGUUAAAAAAAUUGAGAUUUCCACUGGGGAUUGUUUAUCGCUGUAUUUGUGAAUUAAUUCAAUUUUUUGACAAUGGCAGCAGCUGUUCCUGGGGUGCCUGUCGAUGUCGAGGCUGAGCAGAUCAAAUCAUUCAAAGACUUCUUGACGUCGUACAACAAAUUAUCAGAGGUGUGCUUCAUCGACUGCAUAUCCGACUUCACAACAAGGGACAUUCGAGAUAAAGAGGAGAAAUGUGCCCUCAACUGCAUGGAGAAGUACCUCAAGAUGAACCAAAGGGUCUCCCAACGAUUCCAGGAGUAUCAGAUGCUCAUGAACGAAAAUGCAAUGGCGAAUGCCAAGAAAAUGGGACAAAUGUAACAAUAAUUAUAGCUAGAUAUCUGUUUAUAAUUCAGGAUUAUUGAAAUAAUCAAAUAAAGUGUUCGUUGUAUUUUUAUAUAA